AUGGCGAGCUGUAAGAUAAGUAAAACUAACUCCUUCCCUACACCGACACGUUACGAAUGGUCCAAGGCGUAUCUGGCACGUCCUAAGAACAACCUAAUUGCGCAUCGUGAUAGUCUUUUGAAGGAACCGUUCCGCCCAUCGUACGAUAGGGAAGGUGAUCCCUCGAUGGACUGUUUGCUGGACUUCUCGUACGCACGCAUUUGGCAGGUAGAAGCGCAAGACUUUCGCGACAAACGCACAGUUUCGGAACGGUCCAAACCGGCAAAGAAGAAAUUCCCCAUCUACGUCGAGCGCAAAACGAAACAGGCCGAUAUACCCAAAGAAAGGUACACCGUGAAACGGUUCCAGAACAUACCGGCAAAGGUUGAUACGGGGCGUAGGGCAGCCGCCCCAUUGCGUCCAUUGCGUACCUGCUGA